UUUUUGAAGAAACUUUCCAAUCAUGAAUUAUAGCCAUUAUUCAAAUGAUCCCGCCCAAAAGUGUUACAUUACGUUCGUUUACUAGAACACUCACUCAAAAUAAAAAUGUCACCUAAUGUCAAAUAACCUAACCUAGACUUGAAUUGAAGUUUUCAUAAUUCAUAACCUUAAACAUCAUAAUCUGCUUUGAAAAAUUACUAAAAAAUGAUUAGCAGUGGCAUAUGUGUUAUUAAAUCGCAAUACAUAGCUGAGAUUAGCAAUAAUUCUUCUGAAACUAAUUCUAAUGAACCAGAGUCUGCUAGUAACCAUCAAGUUAACCAUAAUCCUCCUUCUAAAAAGCAAAAACUGGAACUAAAGAAAAAAAAGAACAAAGGUCAAAAUAAAAGUCGCCCAGUAACUUUUCGGCAAAAUAGAGAAACACAGUUAUGUCAUUCCUUAAUAGAUGUACGUGAAGAUGAGGUUCCACCAAAAUGUCCGAAACUGAGCUGCAAUUUUAUCCAUGAUACAGAAGUAUAUUUAAAAAUAAAACCACCUGAUAUAGGAGAUGAGUGCUAUAACUUUAAAAACUUUGGUCAUUGUCCCAGAGGAUUAACAUGUAGAUUUGGAAAAAAUCACAUAACCGAAAAUGGAAAAAAUAAAAUUGACAAAGAACAUAGACCUAUUAACCAUGUCUUAAAUAACUUAUCAAUAGAUACACAACAAUUACUUAGGAAAAAGCAGUACAAUUUUAAACUGGCUGAAAAUGUUGUUAAAUAUUAUGAUAGUAAAAAAAAAGAGCAACAAGAAAAAGUGAAUACCAAUAAUAAAAAUGAAAAUCUAAUAACGACAGGAGAUGUUUUAAAAACCCAAGGUACAGUAACUGAUGAAGAUGUAGUUAAACUACUAAAUAGAGAAAAAAAGAAAAUUAACUGGAGAAAUAAACUAUACCUAAGUCCACUUACUACUGUUGGAAACCUCCCUUUUCGUCGGAUUUGUAAAGAAUUCGGCGCUGACAUAACAUGCGGUGAAAUGGCUAUGUGCUCAUCUUUACUUCAAGGCUCGCCCAAUGAAUGGGCCCUCGUUAAACGACACCCUGCGGAAGACUUGUUUGGUGUGCAGCUUUGUACGAAUAACCCCUACCUUAUAGCAAAAUGUGCUCUAUUGCUUGAACAGAAUAUCUCAGUAGAUUUUGUUGAUCUAAAUUUGGGAUGCCCCAUUGAUCUUGUGUAUAAAGAGGGAGCUGGUUGCGGACUUUUGCGCAGACCCAAAGUUUUGGAAGCUUGUGUGAGAUCUGCAAGUACUAUUUUGAAUGUACCGUUCACAGUCAAAACACGAAUGGGAGUCUACAACAACGACAACGUGGCUCAUAAAAUGGUUAAAAAAUUUGAAGAAUGGGGAGCAAGUGCAGUUACGAUUCAUGGAAGAUCCCGUGAACAGCGUUAUACCAAACUUGCCGAUUGGAGUUACAUACAAACAUGUGUGAAGGCCGCCUACUCGUUUCCUAUCAUAGGAAACGGAGACAUCCUAAGCUAUGAAGACUACAAAUUGGCCAUUGAAACCUGUCCAGAAAUGGCAACCGUAAUGAUCGGUCGAGGUGCCUUGAUAAAGCCUUGGAUUUUUACCGAAAUUAAAGAACAAAAACUGUGGGACAUAUCGAGUUCAGAGCGAUUUAAUAUAAUUAAGAAAUAUGUCAACUAUGGUCUAGAACAUUGGGGUUCAGAUACUAAGGGAGUGGAAAAUACGAGACGUUUUUUACUAGAAUGGUUGUCUUUUUUACACAGAUAUGUUCCAGUAGGUUUACUUGAAACACCACCACAAAAAAUGAACCAAAGACCACCCAAGUAUGUGGGAAGAAAUGACUUAGAAACAUUAAUGGCAUCAAGUUCGUCAAUGGAUUGGAUUAAAAUAAGUGAAAUGCUAUUAGGACCUGUUCCUGAAGGAUUUCAAUUUUUGCCAAAGCAUAAAGCUAAUGCAUAUUAAUAAACUAAUUAAUUUUA